AGUCCCUAUUGCACCCUAACUGGGAAUUAAAACAAAGAAGGGAUUCAUUGAAAUAAAAGCGAAGUAUUUUAUUGGUUAUUACACCGCCACGCCAGUUUAUUACAAUAUUACUUAGCUAGUCCAGUUAAAUAGUGCCAACUACAAAUAGCCAAGGUUGGUAAGAAGUACAUAUACGCCAGACGUGACGCUCUAGACUAGCCACUAUAGCUGGUCUAAUUGUAUUGGUAGUGACCAUGAAUUUUACUACAAAGAGCACACUUAGCUAACAAGACUUGGAACCAAAUGUUUGCAAGUUGCACGUUCUCAAUUCGAUAUUUACUUUAUAGUACCGAUUGGAACAUUGAAAAAUCAGAAAAUAUUAUUUGUUCGUACUAGUUUGUCUUGCACAGACCAACCUGCAAUCAGCUUUGAUUAAAUAAGAUUACGUAAUAAAUCACACAACCCAGCAUGGACUUACGUAACAAAUCGUAAAACGCUCAUAUAUGGCCACUAUUUUGCGUAAUAAGCUACGUUGUUAUUAAAGAAAUUGUAUAACUCUUAAGGAAAACCAGCUGCGUUAUUUCGCUAGCAAAUAUCAUUUAAGCCCCGCUGUUGCAUUAACUUCUGUCUUUCAAUAUUUCCUAUUUCUUUGCUCAACUAAUUGUCCAAGGACAUUUCGGCUCCUAUUUAGUUAAUUUUUCCACAGCUUAAUCUUUCAAACUCAUUCCCUGCUAUUUUUAUUGCAGCUAUUUUUUUUUCACACGCAGCCUUGUACGCUAAAAAAAGAACUAUUUUUAUUACUUUUUCCAACAUGCGGUAUCGUCUGUCGCCGCCGUCCUGCACAAAUGUCGAUUCUUCGCGCAUCCUUUGUUAAGUUCUCUACUAUGACGUGUUUUGUCAGACGUUAACCAUUCUUUUUACUUCAAUGGCGGCGGGAGGAUACAUACACUCCUACCCGAACGCCAGCGUCUUCGUGUGUCAGCCAGUGGAACCUUCGAUAUCUGGACCCAACGGAUUCCAGAACCAACCAAAUGGAACAUUAAUUGCCAAUCGAGGUCACAGUUCUCAAGAACCAAGUUCAAACCUUACCAAUUUACAGACUUUUAGUUACCCAAAUGGAAACAAUCGAUUCUCAGAGCAAAAUGGAAGUUUCCAGCGAGGUACCCAAGCCCAAAUUAUGAGAUCAACAGUGCCAAGUGUCAUCCAGAAUCCAAAUCAGCGAAUGAUGAUAAGACAUGGAAACGUUAUCCAAUCGGCGAAUCAUUCCAAUCACAGAUUUGGGAUGGUGAAAAGUGAAAAUCAGCCUCGAGUCUUGAAUCAGAGCAAUACCUGUUACCAGAAUUCGUCUUUAUUAAUACUAGCGGGUUCCGCCGCACCUCAGAACCAGAUGGUAUACAGCCAACCCUCUACUUUAAUGAAUUCAAAUCGAUGUUCUUCAAAUUUCAUAUCAAAUCAAUACAUUAAUCCGCUACUCUGCUCACCAAACUUCCCACAAAAUGGUGCUACCAAUCAAACAGUGCCUGGUCUGGGAACACCAGAUUCGGUUCCUCCUAAUAUGGGCUUGACCUUUGAUGCCACCAGUGGGAUGCUGAACAAACAACCCAAACUGCUACCUCCUCAUAUCUGCUCGAUCUGCGGGGACAGAUCGUCGGGCAAACACUACGGGGUGUUUUCGUGUGAAGGGUGCAAAGGCUUCUUCAAACGAACUGUUCGGAAGUGUCUGAGCUACACGUGUAAAGAUAAUAAAGAUUGUAUAGUGGAUAAACGACAGAGGAAUAAGUGCCAGUACUGCAGGUACAAGAAGUGUGUUGCGGUCGGCAUGCGACGCGAAGGAGUUCAAGAGGAGAAACAGAGGUCUUCCAAAUCUUCAAAAGAAUCUAAAAAUUCAACCAAUCAAAGCGGCAAAGGCAGUCCAACCUCCAGUCAUUUAUCACCUAGCGGAUCUGACGUAUCAUCCAAUCACGGGCGAGCGUCCAGUUUCAGCGGAGACUUCAACUACAACGACUUGAUUCCAAUUGACAAGAUGACAACAAUGGAACGGAAACAACCCGAUUUGGGAGAAUGUCACGUUGAAAUGAACGUCGAAGAGACUCAGAAUCGAUCCGUGGCAUUCAUCGUGAACUGGACAAAAUAUUUGCCUCAUUUCAGCGAUAUUUUGAUCGAGGAUCAGAUUAUUCUUUUACAGUCAGCUUGGACUCAGUUGCUGAUAUUGGAUGUCUGUUUUCACAAUUCGAAAUACUUCAAGGGCAUCUACAAGCACUACGACGACAUUCCGCCAUGGUCUCUCAAAGCUUUUAAACAUAUUUGUGAGCUGUCUGAGAUACUGUAUGGGAUGUCUUUGGAUAUUUCGGAAGUUGGAUGUAUCAAGAGCAUCAUGAUAUUCAACCCAUAUUUCCGAGGACUGAAAAAGCCGGUUGAAAUCGAGCGACUUCAGGAGAAGUAUGUGAAGACAUUACGAGAGUACGAGCUGAAGAAGGGAAGCUUGGCCAAGUUCCAUAAACUACUCUUCCUUCUCAGCUCUAUCAGAUCUACUUCGUGGAAAUGCAUGGAGAACAAUUUGCUUCUCAACUUGCUAUCAUCCGAAAAGUUACGAGAACUGUCAACACAAAAAGACGAUCUGAGUGAUUUCGAAUCUUUUUACACCGACGUCAAAUGCAAUGAAAGGGAGCCUUCAAAAUAGAUGAACAAUUUUGCUAGUUAAACUCGUUCAUUAAUUAUACAUCAAAUUCGAUAUUUUGCAGAACGAAAAAGUUGAGACAUUCGAUUUUUUCGAACGAUUACAGAGUUGAUAUUCAAUAUCUUUUCACUGCAAAAAAAAAUCCGAGACAAGCGUUUUGCUGCAACUGCCCUCGUUAUUUAAAUCCAGGCCAGAACAAAUUGCACAAAAU